UUUGUAUCAGAUUUGUCGCAAUAUGAAAUUGAUCGAUUAGGAUAUUUUAAGAAUCUUCUUUAUCUUCAUCUCGUACUAUGAUGCUAGUCACAAAGGCGGCGAGCUAGCAGAAUCGUUAGCGUGCCGGACAAAAUGUUAAGCGAUAUUUUUUCCGGUUCUUUACGUUCUGAGUUCAAAUUCUGCCGCGGUUGAUUUUGCCUUUCGGAGUGUCGAUAAAGUGAAUACUUGCUAAGCAUUGGAGUCGAUGUAAUCGACUUUUGUGCCAAAAUUUGAAACCAUUAUCAUGCUAUUCAAAACAGUACUUUUGGAGGAAAACCAACCUUCCCUUUAGUAGGGUUCCAUUCAACAUGAUCAAUAAAAGCGGUUGUUUAACUAUUUUUAUAGUUGUUUGCUAUUUGGCCAAUGUUGGAGUAUUUUCCUUUAAUUAUCGCGAUGGUAAACCACUGUUCCCCUGGUGUCUUGAUUUGUCAAAAUCUUACUGCGGAAUUCAAUGUCUCCAGAGUGGAUUUGCUACAGAUGGACGAACUGGAUGUCCGAUCUGCCGCUGUCGAAAGCGUUGCGAGGAAGUUUCAUGUAACCCCGGUCAUACGUGCAAGGUAGAAACAGAAUCAAGAAAAUGUCCUUCAGGCGUGUGCAAGACGGAGGUGGCCAAAUGUAUUCCUGCCGGAAGUCCCGGUCAUGUGGAGAAUAUUUGUGAAACCGGUACACCGAAUGACUAUUGUUUCGGUAAGGUUUCACCCGUCGUCAACUGUGUUGGUGAUUAUAAAUGCGUCAUUCAUCCGAACAACAACUACGGGCUUUGUUGCUUGAAACCCGCAGCAUCCACGUUCAGCAAUGCCCCAUUAUGUGAACAACCUCAAAAAGUGGGAUUAUGUCGCGCCCGAUUGCUGCGGUAUUUCUUCAACAGUAAAACAGGCCAUUGUGAAAUAUUUUCAUAUUCUGGUUGUCAAGGAAACGCGAACAAUUUCGAAAAUAAAGAAGAAUGCGAACUAUCUUGCCGUAAUUAUUGUGCCAUGCGGCCAGAGCCUGGUUUCUGUUUGGCUAAAAUGACCAGAUUUUAUUAUGACCGAACUUAUGGAACUUGUCGUAUGUUCCAGUAUGGUGGAUGUGGUGGCAACGGUAAUAACUUCUAUACGAAGAGAGAUUGCUUGAAUUACUGUUCUUCAAGAGGACCUGUAUAUGAUUAUCAAACUCGCAAUUGAAAAUCUAAUCAAUGUAAACAUGAAUAUUUGAUAACUUCGAUUUACUUGAAUUUUCCAUAAGCAUAUUAUUAUUUUUAUUUGCAUUAUUUCCUUGCGCUCUUUAAUACUCUGAGGUAAAUUUUUAUAUCCAUCUUUCAAUGUCCAUUUGUGUAUUUUUUGCAUUAUUAAAAAUAGUCGAUAUUACUGA